UGUCAACAAAGAGACUCUUAGGUGACGGUCCCUCACACAUCGCCCAAAGCCUGCAUCCGCAGUCGCCGCCAUGCAGAUCCCGUCGUAUGUGCGCUGGACUCAUGUCAUUCGAUUCUCUAACCAGUGCAUACAGGCCCGUCCGGCGCGACACGCCGGCCGAGUACACGGUGCCGCCGUUCCCGUCGCUCUUCUGGCCGCCGCAGGACUCGACCAUCAUCCUCUACGAGCUUGACGAGAUGUGGAAGUUUACCCUCUUUUGGACCCUUAUCCUCUAUGGUCUCUUCCACCUGGGAGCUGUCGGCGUGGCUGUGUUGAUGCAGGGCGGGAAGCGCAUGUCCAGCUGGAAGUAUCUCUGGCUGGUGCCCGUGGUCUACGCCCUCAUUGCCGGCGCCGAAGCUUUGAUUGCGGGCACCCUUGUGGGCCUAAUAGUGGGCGCAACCUACAUUGUCGGAAACUUCACCAUGUCGACAUGGAUCCCCUUUGUCUGGGGCUGGGUCAAUGUCCUGGUCCUGAUUGUGUCCUCCUUCAGGAUCCAAGGCGGGCUCUAAAGCAGACGACGUACUGUGCAG